UUUACUUCUAUUUACUCGUAUCAUUUCAUUCCUAACUUUAUACUGAACAUAAAAUUAGGGGAAAAAAUUGGGAUUUCUAAACUCCUUAAUUCCGGCGGUGAAUUUAUUAAUUUAAACCAAUUUCAUAAAAUGGAGCCUUUGGUAGUCAAUCAGCCGGUUGUCAUUGACAAUGGUUCUGGUGUCAUAAAAGCUGGUUUUGCAGGUGAGCACAUUCCCAAGUGCCGAUUUCCUAACUACAUCGGACGCCCUAAACACGUUCGGGUAAUGGCUGGGGCACUCGAGGGUGACAUUUUUGUCGGCCCCAAAGCAGAAGAGCAUCGCGGUCUGCUGAGUAUACGCUACCCCAUGGAACAUGGCAUUGUUACUGACUGGAAUGACAUGGAACGGAUUUGGAGCUAUAUAUAUAGUAAAGAACAAUUAGCAACAUUUACAGAAGAUCAUCCAGUUUUAUUAACAGAAGCCCCGCUGAAUCCCAGAAAAAAUCGAGAAAAGGCCGCUGAAUUUUUCUUUGAAGGAAUAAACGUACCCGCACUUUUUGUAUCAAUGCAAGCUGUCCUCAGUCUUUAUGCUACAGGUCGUGUCACAGGAGUAGUGCUCGAUUCCGGUGAUGGCGUUACUCACGCAGUGCCUAUAUAUGAAGGAUUCGCGAUGCCACAUAGUAUUAUGCGUGUUGAUAUCGCAGGCAGAGAUGUAACUCGCUACCUUAAAACUCUUAUACGAAAAGAAGGAUUUAACUUCCGAUCAACAGCGGAGUUCGAAAUUGUACGUUCCAUUAAAGAAAUGCUGUGUUAUUUGGCAACUAAUCCCCAGAAAGAAGAAAGCGGGGAGACUGAAAAGGUCGCUUAUAUCUUACCGGAUGGCAAAACUUUAGAGAUUGGUCAGGCAAGAUUUAGAGCACCUGAAGUGCUAUUUCGACCAGAUUUGCUGGGGGAAGAGUGUGAGGGCAUACACAAUGUGCUUAUGUAUGCAAUCGAGAAGUCAGAUAUGGAUCUCAGAAAAAUGUUGUAUCAAAAUAUCGUAUUAUCUGGUGGCUCUACAUUAUUUAAGGGUUUUGGCGACCGUCUGCUGUCGGAGUUAAGAAAACACUCGGCAAAGGAUUUAAAAAUUAGAAUUGCUGCGCCACAAGAACGCCUAUACUCUACAUGGAUGGGAGGCUCUAUUUUAGCGUCUCUAGACACUUUCAAGAAAAUGUGGAUUUCAAAACGGGAAUAUGAAGAAGAGGGACAACGGGCGGUGCAUAGAAAAACCUUCUAAAGGAGUAACUAAAAUGUUUUUAUGCUAACGACUGCAAACCAAUCGUUUUAAUGGUCAUUUUAUCGAAUGGCAGCAGAGUUAAGAAAAAAGGCCGAAACAUCAGAACGUGUACUGUGAAAACUGUAAAUUUAAAUUAUUUGAAAACAAAUCUAUAAUACUGAUUCGUAAUAUAUUUGCAUCGCUUAAUUGUAUUAUAAUUAAAAUUGCUUAUAAGAAAUCUAUAUCAAGUUUGAAAUCAGUGCAAGGAUUAAAAUUUUAUAGCAGUAUUUUCCACAUAAUAAAAUAUGCUAAUGAA